UGCUGCCGUUGACCGGGCUAUUAGGGGGGAGGGGAACGAAGCCGGUGAGUAACGGUUAGAUCGUUCACCGGCUUAGAGGCGCUUCCUGUAGGAUCUGCAGACGGAUUGUGGUGAGCCGAGUUUAGCGUUUGGAUGAAAGGCUAGCUCCGCCCAAGCAGUGUGUAUAUAUAUAUAUACAACAUGUCACCCCCGGGCUCCCGGUGUCACUGAGACGCUGGGUAAAUGGGAGUCACCUCUGGUGUCCAGAUGAUUUGCGGUGAUCCAAAUUUUGUCUAAUAGCUCCAGCACCAGCUGCAAUGAGCGGAGGAGGGGAGCAGCCGGAUAUCCUCAGCGUAGGAAUCCUGGUAAAGGAAAGAUGGAAAGUGCUAAGGAAAAUUGGCGGUGGUGGCUUUGGAGAAAUCUACGAUGCGAUGGAUUUGAUAACAAGAGAGAAUGUAGCACUGAAAGUGGAAUCUGCCCAGCAGCCAAAGCAGGUGCUAAAGAUGGAGGUUGCUGUCCUGAAGAAGGUUCAAGGUAAAGACCAUUUCUGUCGCUUUAUAGGAUGUGGGAGGAAUGACCGCUUUAAUUAUGUGGUUAUGCAGUUACAGGGCCGCAAUUUGGCAGACCUGCGGCGCAGCCAAUCCAGAGGCACUUUUUCUAUGAGCACUACCUUACGGCUUGGCCGUCAAAUCCUGGAGUCCAUCGAAAGCAUUCAUUCUGUGGGAUUCUUACACAGAGAUAUCAAACCAUCUAACUUUGCAAUGGGACGUUUCCCAAGUACGUGUCGGAAGUGCUUUAUGCUGGACUUUGGGUUGGCACGGCAGUUUACAACCUCAUGCGGGGAUGUACGGCCGCCACGGUCUGUUGCUGGAUUUCGUGGAACAGUGCGAUACGCCUCAGUCAAUGCCCACAGGAACAGGGAAAUGGGUAGACAUGAUGAUCUAUGGUCCCUUUUUUACAUGCUGGUGGAGUUUGUGAUAGGUCAGCUUCCUUGGAGAAAGAUAAAGGAUAAGGAACAAGUAGGUUCGAUAAAGGAACGGUAUGAACAUCGCCUUAUGCUGAAACAUCUUCCACCAGAAUUCUCUGUGUUUCUUGAGCAUAUUAUUGCCUUGGAUUAUUUUACAAAGCCGGAUUACCAGCUCCUACUUUCUGUCUUUGACAACAGCAUGAAGACAUAUGGGAUUCUUGACAGUGACCCCUAUGACUGGGAGAAGACUGGGAUGGACGGCUCUUUGACAACGACAACAACGUCGACUACCCCUCAGCUUCACACUCGUCUGACCCCUGCCGCCAUUGGAAUUGCAAAUGCCACGCCAAUCCCUGGAGACCUCAUGCGUGAAAACACAGAUGAAGUAUUCCUAGAUGAGCAGCUCAGUGAUGGGGACAAUGGAAUCCCAAUAAUGGUCUCCCCUGAAAAAAUCCCAGGGUCUCCAAGUCACCAGCGUACUCAGGAGAAGGAUGUCUGGGAGGAGAUGGACGCCAACAGGAAUAGGAUCAGAAUGGGAAUACGCAAGGCUGCUACGGAGGAAGAACAUAGCAAUGGUGUUGCAUAUGGUGUACAAAAUGCCCCAAGCCUGGGUUCUCCUAUACGGGUUCGCUCAGAGAUAACCCAGCUGGAUCGAGAUGCCCCUCUUCUGCGGAAGUUACGCACCAUUAGGAGUUUUGAGUUGGAGAAGCUUCUGACCUCUAAGCCAGACGCGGACAAGUUUUUAGAGAAUUGCAUGGAGAAAACACAGAAGAACUCACAAGGAAGGAAGGAGGACUUGCAAAAGGCAGCUCUCACUACUGCUGCUGCUGACCAUGUGUGGCAUUAUGAUGAGGCAUACAUCCCAGAAGGUUCCAAACCUGGAUCAGUCAGCUCUCCAGAGAAUGUGGAUGGUGUGGUUAGCAAUGGGUUUGUAGCUGUGAAUCUUAGCUCCUGCCGGCAGGAGGUGGAUUCCAAAGAGUGGGUCAUAGUGGAUAAAGACCGUGACUUGAAAGAUUUUGGGUCAAAUGGGAAUCAGGGCCAAAAGCUGACUGGAAGUCCUUCAGAAGAAGAACCAGAGGUGCUUCAGGUGAUGGAUGAUUCCCCUCAAGAAGGUCAGGAAAAAAUAGGCACAUGGGCGGAGAACAACAUUAGCAACAAACCUGACACCGGGAUUGGACUUAAUAUAGUGAUUUCUCCAGGUCCAUAUACUUAUAAUAAAUUGGAUCCCAUGUCAGGAGCUGCCGGUCAGUUGCUUGCAGUCACACCAACAAGUGCAAUGGAAGCCCAAGCGGAAGGAGCACUCACUCUGCUUGGUGCUUCCCACAUCUCGCUUUUCUCCACCUCAAGACUUUCAAGCAAUCCCAUGCGCUUCAUGAGCCCCAUAGUUUCCCCAUCGAGCCGCUCAGAGUCUACACACAAGAAAGCAGCUGGCAUUCCAAAGAGCCAGUCUGCGGAGAGCUACUCCUCUUCCUCCCGUACAGCUGGCCGUAGGAAGCUGCCUGCCGUACCCCUUAAUGGCUCCAAGUACCCCUCUGUAAUUCGAAUAUCUAAAUCUCAGAUGACUAUGCCCCGGCCUUCAGUGACUUCUACCCAGUCAGCUUCAGAAAGCUUUCCAUGUGGCACUAAUUUGGAAAAGAAAAAUAUUCUAGAAAUGCUGUCUCCACAGGAAAACAUAGCAACAGACUGUACACAAGAGAAUACUUUGGCCAAUUCCAAGAACAAAGCCGACCUGGCAUUACACUUAACAAGCCAGGAGAAUUUAUGUGACAGGUCUCGAGACGCAAACCAAACAAACUUACUAAAGGAGCAUGAUCAAAUGUUAAAUGAAAGUAAAUAUGCAGAGACACCCAUUAAAUCGCUUUCAAGUCAUCUGUCUGCUGUCAAUGAAGCCAAGAGGGAACAAAGCAAAGUCCUAGAUCUCCAUGGAUGUUCACCUGAUCACUGCAGCACCUCAGAUGAUAUGUUGUUACCUGUUAGCCGACCCGCUGAGUCAAGGACUUUAUGUUUUGUGCCAAAUGCAGACAAAGACCCAGAAAUGCUGAAGCCAGAACAUGCUGAUGCUGCAAACCAAAAUGGUUUUCAUGAAGAGAAGGACAUUAUUGCUGCUAAUGGGUUUCUUGAUCAUGGUCUGAACCUGUCCAUGUUGCUGGACCAAAAAGUAGAUAAAGAUAGGAAAUACCUACAUAAUGAACAAAGGCUGGAUUUAGGUGAUGGAACCCAGCAGUGCAAAAAAGAUCACUUAAAGUCAUCUUUUACAGCUAGGCAGAGUAGAAUUCCCAUCUUGGCUCAGGAGGUUGAUACAGCUUCAGAUUCAUCUUCUCCAAUAUCCGCAAAGGAGAAGCUUCUUCUAAAAAAGGCUCACCAAACGGACCUGGCAAGGCUGUUAAUGGAGAAACGACAGAUUAAAUCAUUUCUUUGCGACCUCUCAAGUGCCUCUGACAAAUCCCUGGAAGAAAAGACAUCUCUGUCACUUGUACAGUUAUCUGAAGAGAAUAAUUUUGCCUCCAAAACUGCUCCAGAUACUCAAAUCAUAAGGUCAUCAGAUGAUGGAACUAUGCCAUCUCACAGUACGCAAUCCAGAAAGAGCAAAAUACCCCGUCCGGUUUCCUGGGCUAGUAGCGAUCAGAUCAAUAGCUGUCCUUCUACUCAGUUUCUUCCCAGGCCACCUCCUGGUAAACCACCUACCCGACCUGGUGUGGAAGCAAGGAUACGUCGAUACAAAGUUUUGGGAAGUGGAAACUCUGACUCAGACCUCCUAUCCCGACUUGCUCAGAUUCUUCGGAGUGGAUCCCAGAAAACCCGCAGCUCCUCCCAAUCAAAAAGCCCAGGUUCACCCCACAGUCCUAAGACACCUCCCAAGAGCCCUGUGAUACCCCGACGUAGCCCAAGCGCUUCACCUCGCAGCUCCUCUCUACCCCGAACCAACAGCUCCUCAUCUUCAAGAGCUGGACGACCCCACCACUAUGAUGCGAGAAGUUCCUCACCGCACAAGGGGCACAGCAAAUCCCCGCCCAGCCUCUCUGGUUCUUCUUCUUCAAGAAGAUCCUGCCAGCAAGAGUAUUGCUGCAGUAAGCAGAGUAAGAACAUAUCCAAGGGACCAGGUAGCAGUCAUCACUGCGCAGGAAGUAAAACUAGCCGUGGAAAAUCUUCGGCUCGGGAGAGCAAAGUGUCCAGUAAAUUAAGCAGAUAGUAACAUAGCUUGUUCAGUCCCCCCAUCCUCUUGUAAUGCAUGUUCUCUAUGUUACUGUAUAUUUCUGAUGACAUCCAAAGCAGUGUUGAUUUUAUGUACGAUGGAAGAAAAGCUUGGAUAUUUUAAAAAAAUGUAUUUGAAAUCUAGUAUGGGGAGGGAGUUUUUCUCUACAAGACCUCAUUUGCACAGCCAGUCUAGGAAAAUGUACUGCUCGCAAAUAAAGACUUUGGUUUUAGAAACAGUAUUUAUUUGUAGUUCUAUUCACUGUUAAUAGGUUGCAUUACAUGUUUAGCAAGGACAGUUGUUUAAAGAAGGCCAUAGAUAAUACCGAAAUUGGCAAGGAUCUGUAACAUUCCAAAACUACAUAGCCAGGAAUUGACUUUACCGCCGAGAAAAGCCAGCCUCAGGUUUGCAUCUGACUAAGGUUAUGUAUCAUAAAAUGCCGCUUUUUAUCCAAGAGAAA